UAAGGUCAGGGCCCAGCUGGUAGCAGGAAGGAAUCACAGAGGCCUGGCUCUCUGGUACUUCAAUCUCAGGGUGGAGUCCUUCCUCUACUGCUCAGGAAUGACCCCACCCUCAGUCUAAACUCACAGGAUAGUCUGAGGUCUCACCACCACUCCCUCUUCUUCUUGAUUUGGGGCACUAGGCUUUGGGACCCCCAGAGAAGAAGGGUGUCUGUGGAAAUCCAAAGCCCCCUGGAUCUCUAGGCUAUCUCCCAUACAAUCACCUCCUUCCACUGUAGCCAAACACACGCACCUUGCUUUCUAAGCAUGGGAGCACUUUUGAUUCUCAGUGUCCAAGGGUGGACACUAUAAUUGAACAAGCUACACACAGGAGCCCUGUGCUAAGGAGCUAGAGACGGUGGGAACUUGAACAGGUCACACUUGGCCACAGUAGCUGAAAGGCUGCUCCUGUUCUGACCUAGAGCCCAGCUCUCAAAGGAUGUCAGGACCAUUUGACGUUUUCUCGGGGCUUCACAUCCCCAGGCUUCAUCCAGCCUUUCCCCUGUCUCUCCACUUGCAAAUGCGGUGCCUUUAUUUUAACGCAUCCCUUUAGGUCCUUCUCACCAUGUCCAGCUUCUCCCAAGGACCACCUGCUCUUCAUUGAGGGUGCGGAAAAGGGAGGGAAGGCGAUGGUUAGGAGACACAAUCGAGCCGCGGGGGAGGAGGCUGGGGAGUCGGGCUCCUCCAGCGCGGGAAGGGGCCGGGCUGGACCGUCGGGGAAGUGGGAGGGGGCCUUGGGGCCGAGAGGGAAGCGCCUGUCGCCCGAGGCUCAGAGCCACAAGCAACGAGGGGUCCUGGGUCCCGCCGAGGCUGGGGCGGGGGAGACCAUGGCCCGUCUCUUCAGCCCCCGGCCUCCCCCCAGCGAAGACCUCUUCUAUGAGACCUACUACAGCCUGAGCCAACAGUACCCGCUGUUGCUACUGCUUCUGGUGAUCGUGCUGUGCGCGCUCCUGGCACUGCCCGCCGUCGCCUGGGCCAGCGGCAGGGAGCUGACCUCAGACACAAGCUUCCUGACCACUGUGCUGUGCGCUUUGGGUGGCUUCUCGCUGUUGUUGGGGCUAGCUUCUAGAGAGCAAAGACUGCAGCGCUGGACACGACCUCUCUCUGGCCUAAUAUGGGCUGCACUGCUGGCCCUAGGCCAUGGCUUCCUGUUCACGGGGGGCGUAGUAAGUGCCUGGGACCAGGUGUCAUUUUUCCUCUUCAUCAUCUUUACUGUGUACGCCAUGUUGCCCUUGGGCAUGCGGGAUGCUGCCGCAGCAGGCCUCACCUCGUCACUCUCACACCUGCUUGUCCUUGGGCUGUACCUCGGAUGGCAGCCCGAUUCACAGCCCGCACUGCUACCACAGCUGGCAGCAAAUGCAGUGUUGUUCCUGUGUGGGAAUGUGGUGGGAGCGUACCACAAGGCCCUGAUGGAACGAGCUUUGCGUGCCACAUUCCGGGAAGCACUCAGCUCCCUGCACUCACGCCGGAGGCUGGACACAGAGAAAAAGCACCAGGAGCACCUUCUCUUGUCCAUCCUUCCUGCCUACCUGGCCCAAGAGAUGAAAGCAGAGAUCAUGGCACGGCUGCAGGCUGGACAGGGCUCACGACCGGAGAACACAAACAAUUUCCACAGCCUAUAUGUCAAGAGGCACCAAGGAGUUAGUGUGCUGUACGCUGACAUUGUGGGCUUCACACGGCUAGCCAGCGAGUGCUCCCCUAAGGAGCUGGUACUCAUGCUCAACGAGCUCUUCGGCAAGUUUGACCAGAUUGCCAAGGAGCACGAAUGCAUGCGGAUCAAGAUCCUAGGGGACUGUUACUACUGUGUCUCCGGGCUGCCACUCUCGCUGCCAGACCAUGCCAUCAACUGUGUACGCAUGGGACUGGACAUGUGCCGGGCCAUCAGGAAACUUCGGGCAGCCACUGGUGUAGACAUCAACAUGCGUGUGGGUGUGCAUUCAGGCAGUGUGCUCUGUGGAGUCAUCGGGCUACAGAAGUGGCAGUAUGAUGUCUGGUCUCAUGACGUCACAUUGGCCAACCACAUGGAGGCAGGUGGUGUACCAGGGCGAGUGCAUAUCACAGGCGCUACCCUGGCCUUGCUGGCAGGAGUUUAUGCUGUGGAGGACGUAGCCAUGGAACACCGAGACCCAUACCUUCGGGAGCUAGGCGAGCCUACAUACCUGGUCAUUGAUCCUCGGGCCAAAGAGGAAGAUGAGAAGGGCACAGCAGGAGGGUUACUGUCCUCUUUGGAGGGCCACAAGAUGCGCCCAUCACUACUGAUGACCCGUUACCUAGAGUCUUGGGGUGCAGCCAAACCUUUCGCCCACCUGAGCCACGUUGACAGUCCUGUAUCCACUUCCACUCCGCUCCCGGAGGCCUUCAGCCCCCAGUGGAGCCUGGACCGGAGCCGCACCCCUCGGGGACUAGACGAUGAGCUGGAUACUGGGGAUGCCAAGUUCUUCCAGGUCAUCGAGCAACUCAACUCUCAGAAACAAUGGAAGCAGUCAAAGGACUUCAACCUACUGACACUGUACUUCAGAGAGAAGGAGAUGGAGAAACAGUAUCGGCUCUCUGCACUCCCUGCCUUCAAGUACUAUGCAGCCUGCACCUUCCUGGUUUUUCUGUCCAACUUCACUAUCCAAAUGCUGGUGACAAACAGGCCCCCAGCUCUGGCCAUCACCUACAGCAUCACGUUCCUCCUCUUCCUUCUCCUCCUCAUCGUCUGCUUCUCAGAGCACCUGAUGAAGUGUGUGCGGAAAGGUCCCAAGAUGCUACACUGGCUGCCUGCACUGUCUGGCCUGGUGGCCACAAGGCCAGGACUUCGAGUGGCCCUGGGCACUGCCACCAUCCUCCUGGUCUUCACCAUGGCCACUGCCAGCCUGCUCUUCCUACCGGUGUCAUCAGACUGCCUCUUCCUGGUUUCCAAUGUUUCUUCCAUGGCUUUCAAUCACUCCUGGGAGCUUCCUGGAUCCCUGCCUCUCAUCAGCAUCCCAUACUCCAUGCACUGUUGUGUGCUGGGUUUCCUCUCCUGCUCCCUCUUUCUGCACAUGAGCUUCGAACUGAAGCUGUUGCUGCUCCUGCUGUGGCUGGCAGCAUCUUGUUCCCUCUUCCUGCACUCCCACGCCUGGCUGUCUGAUUGCCUCAUCGCCUGCCUUUAUCAAGGCCCUUUGAACUCCAGGCCAGGAGUGCUGAAGGAGCCCAAACUGAUGGGAGCGAUGUCCUUUUUCAUCUUCUUCUUCACCCUCCUUGUCCUGGCUCGGCAGAAUGAGUAUUACUGCCGCUUGGACUUCCUGUGGAAGAAGAAACUGAGGCAGGAGCGUGAGGAGACAGAGACGAUGGAGAACUUGACCCGGCUACUCCUGGAGAAUGUGCUCCCUGCCCACGUGGCCCCCCAGUUCAUUGGCCAGAACCGGCGCAACGAGGACCUUUACCACCAGUCGUACGAAUGUGUUUGUGUGCUCUUUGCAUCAGUCCCAGACUUUAAGGAAUUCUACUCAGAAUCCAACAUCAACCACGAGGGACUAGAGUGUCUGAGGCUGCUUAAUGAGAUCAUUGCUGAUUUUGAUGAGCUGCUCUCCAAGCCAAAAUUCAGUGGGGUGGAGAAGAUCAAAACUAUUGGCAGUACCUACAUGGCAGCCACAGGCUUAAAUGCCACAUCUGGACAGGACACACAACAGGAUGCUGAAAGAAGUUGCAGCCAUCUGGGCACCAUGGUGGAAUUUGCAGUGGCCCUGGGGUCUAAACUGGAUGUCAUCAACAAGCACUCAUUCAACAACUUCCGCCUGCGUGUAGGGUUGAACCAUGGACCAGUAGUGGCUGGAGUGAUUGGGGCCCAGAAGCCACAAUAUGACAUCUGGGGCAACACAGUGAAUGUAGCCAGCCGCAUGGAGAGUACAGGAGUCCUUGGCAAGAUCCAAGUGACUGAGGAGACAGCCAGGGCCCUGCAGUCCCUGGGUUAUACAUGCUACAGCCGGGGUAUCAUCAAGGUCAAAGGCAAAGGGCAGCUCUGCACCUACUUCUUGAACACAGACUUGACACGAACUGGACCUCCCUAAGCCCUAGGCCGAGACCCCCAACCCACCCCUCUAUGCUAAGAUCCUCAAUAAAAUGACUAUGGAGCCUA